AUGGACCCCGGCGAGAUCAUGGACCCCCACGAAGAUUUCAUCAGGCCUACCGAAGAAUAUGCAGUUGGGAAGGAGUUCAACUUAUUCCCAUACAAGCCCGAUGAGCCUCAUGGCACGGAAGUGUACCGACGUCGACGCCUUCCGGCAGACGAGAUCGUCGGCAGCAUCCGGGGUUUUGACCCCACGAAGGACUUCACCAACACCAAAGCCAGGGUGCGGAUCGAUGAGCACAUUCGCAUCAGCAUGAAUCAAAAGUCUCAAAUCUUUGGUCUGAGCAUCGUGAAGGCCCCGAUAGACGAGCGUCCGGCAAGUGAGCAGCAAUCCCUCUACCACCCAGUCGGAUCUGGCCAGCCCAUCACCUGGAACCUCGCCGGCAAGGCGGUCGAUGUGGAAUACGCCUCGAGCGAUUCCGUGGGAGUUAAACAGAUUGAAGAAGCGGCUGACGGGCGAGUGUGCUGCGAGCACGCUGCCUAUACGUACUAUCGCAGCCUGGGCAAGACUGGAUACCCGCACGUUAUGCCGCAGUUCUACGGCACUUGGGUCAUGGAGAUUGACGACGGAUUUGACGAUGAGGGUAUCCAGGUGAAUAGAUACGUCUGUGUGUUGCUCCUUGAGUACAUUCACGGCUACUCCAUCGAUGAGCUGUCUUAUCGUAGUGAGGAGGAUGAGGGCUACUUUGGCAAGCUGGCGGGCUUUCAACGGGUCGACAACACCUGGACCAACGUCUGGAUGGACGAAUCAACUCGAGCGCUUGUCAUCAAGAAGAUGCUCCACGGUGUCGUUGUCGGCAUGCACCACGGCGUCCAACACCACGAAGCCAGCCCGGAAAACGUCUUCAUGACUCUGCGGGACGGCACCAACAACACCGACCUGGACGAGCUCCGCGUGGUUCUCCUCGAUCACACCUCAACCCAGAUCUGGCGCAAGACCGUCGAUUCACAUUUCUACGGGAGAACACACUGUCUCGAGAAGCUCCCGUACCCAAUUCAUCCCAAGCAGGGUUGCAGCGUGAUGCCACUUGAGGACUACGUGGGAUGGUGGCCUCCUGCUCCCGAGGACCGUCCUGGGGAAGACUUGAAUGAGAUGUUUGACGAUUGGAUGCUCAGCGAGGACGUGUUUGGCCCAUUGGUUGAGGCGCGCGAUGUUGAAGCGGGCUUACAGGGGAAAGAGUGGCCGCAUAAGUAUGCAAAGUACUCCACGUUCGAUACGCUGGACGUUAUCGAGGCGCAGAAGCCUCAGGAGAUGAGGAAGAAGGCGAUGCGCAAGGUGAUUAUCCCCAAGGUCCUCUCGUACUGGCGUAUGAUGAAAGAUGAGGGCCGGGCGGAGCUCGAGGAUCGGCACAAGAUUUGUGAAGAGAGUGAUGACGAGUCUUUCGAAGACAGUAGUUCGUCUCUUGAGGAGUAUACUAGACAUCUUCAAGGGAGGAACGAGUUUCUCGAACAGCACAUCAAAUCUCUCGAAGAGAGAAACGAAGCUCUCGAGAAGAGAAACAGACUUCUUGAGGAGAAGCUUGAGGCGCUCAGUUCGGAAGAGUCUUCCGCAAGCUUACAGUUUCCUCUCCUAGUCCUCUUCAGGAUGGAGCAUCAUUACAAGGCUCAUCUCGUUUUGGCGAAAGCCCUAGUCCUCCCUCAGCUAUUAGAAGAGGGGGAAGUCGCAGCAAGAAGUCAGUUCAAUGGCAGGAAAUGGAAGGGGAAGUGGAAGUGGAGAAGGAAACAGAUGGUUUGA